AUGGUCUCUUUAACGCACAGCCACUACACAAUCGCGUGGAUAUGCGCUUUACCACUAGAAGCAGCGGCAGCUCGCGUCAUGCUAGACAAAACCCAUACGCUACUGCCUAAACCUUCCACCGAUUCCAAUGCCUACGAACUUGGCGAGUUAAAUGGCCAUUAUAUUGUCAUUGCCUGCCUACCAGCUGGUGUGUACGGCAAAGUAUCUGCCGCGACUGUGGUAUCUCGCAUGCGUCUAACCUUUCCCCGGCUUCAAUAUGGAUUGAUGGUGGGAAUUGGAGGCGGGGUCCCAGGUAAAAACAACGACAUUCGAUUAGGCGAUGUGGUGGUCAGCAAACCAGCAGGAAAGCAUAGUGGAGUGAUCCAGUAUGAUUAUGGCAAGGCAGUCCAAGGUAGCCAAUUUGAGUCAAUAGGCACCUUGAACAGACCACCACAGACUCUUUUAACGCAUAUUGGUCAAUUAGAAGCAAAGCAAAUGACCGAAGGCCAAUCUAAAAUGGUGCGGGAAGCCCUGGAACAAAAUCCCAACAUAGAAGAAAGAUUUUCGCCUCCUGAGCAGCACACAGACUUCUUGUUUCAUUCCUCCUAUCACCAUGUUGCUGGGGAAGAUGGCUGUGAAAGGUGUGAUAAAGAACAGUUAAUCAAACGACAACCACGAGAUGCAAUGGCACCUUAUAUCCAUUAUGGGUUGAUUGCAUCCGGAGAUCAGGUGAUGAAGGACUCAGAGACCCGAGACCGACUAGCACAGCGACAUGGAAUCCUCUGCUUUGAGAUGGAGGCAGCAGGCCUAAUGAAUGAGCUUCCAACGCUGGUGAUCCGGGGGAUAUGCGACUAUUGCGACUCUCAUAAGCAGAAACAGUGGCAAGGAUAUGCAGCUCUAACAGCAGCCACUUAUGCAAAAUCACUGUUAAUGGCCAUCCCAAGCCAGACGAAUAUUGACCUGAUGAAAAGCAAGCAAAUGCGGCACUGGAUGGUCUCGCUCGCAAGAAAUCCACGGUUUAUCGGCCGUCAGGAUGAAAUCACGAAAUUGGAAGAGUUAAUUACCAUGCAAGAUGGGCCCAGGAGAAUGGCAAUCACUGGGUUGGGAGGGGUUGGCAAGACCCAGGUAGCCCUUGAACUAGCAUACCGCAUCCGGGACCGAGAGCCGGAGUGCUCAGUCUUCUGGAUUCCCUGUAUCAGUCAUGCAAUGAUUGAGCAGAUGUUCCUCCACCUUUCACAGAUACUCGGACUUCCUGAUGUGAGUCCGGCGGGGGCUAAAGAACAGGUUAAGAUAUACCUCAGUUCUAAGCAAGCAGGAAAGUGGCUCCUCAUUUUGGAUAAUGCAGAUGACACAGAGAUGUGGUUCGAAACCAGUCAUACAACGUCACCUCUUGACGACAUCCUCCCUACAAGUGAAAAAGGUCGUAUCUUAUUCACUACCCGAAACCGAAAACUUGCUAUGAAGCUAGCACCAUUCAAUGUUAUUUCAAUUCCAGAUGCGGAUGAAAAAACGGCAGUCAACAUCCUAGAGAGGACAUUGGCAGACAAGGGCUUACUUCAAGAUCCUUUAGCAUCCAGAGCUCUUCUUAAACAACUAGCCUUUCUCCCAUUAGCCAUUUCACAAGCAUCGGCAUAUAUUAUUGAAAACAAUAUCAGUUUGUCGACCUACCUUGCACUGCUCCAAGAGCAGGAACAAGAUGCUGUGGAACUCUUGAGCGAGGACUUUAGGGACCCAGCACGCUACAAGGAUACCCAAAGCUCUGUGAUCACUACCUGGUUGAUAUCAUUCAAGCAGAUCCAGAAUCAAGAUCAAUUGGCAGCGGACCACUUAUCUUUCAUGGCCUGUAUCAAUCCACGGAAUAUUCCUCAAUCCCUCCUUAUUAAACCAACAUCCAAGAAACAGGGGAUCGACGCUCUGGGGCUUUUAAAUGCAUACUCAUUUACAAACAGCCAAGAUAUGGGUAUCAAUAUGCAUAGACUCGUGCAUAUUUCAACCCGGAACUGGCUUCGAAAGAAUGAAUUAUUUAGCCACUGGAUCCAAAGGGUGGCUGAUCAUAUGCAGAAUGUGUUUCCAGAUAAUAAACACGCCAAUCGAGAACUUUGGCGGGAAUAUCUUCCUCAUGCAUUAGUACUUGUGCAUGAAAGUGAAUUCACUGUACACGAACACAAUUACCUUGGUCUGAUCGAAAAGGUUGCAGAUUGCCUUGUCAGUGAUGGAAGACAUCAAGAAGCAGAGAUACUUUACCAAAAGCUGAUAAGGAUCAAUCAGGAGAAAUCUGGCUCAGAACAUCCCUCAACUCUGUUCUGCAUGACUAACCUAGCAUCCACGUACCGGAAUCAGGGUCGGUGGAAUGAAGCCAUGAAGCUGCAGAUGCAGGUAAUGGAGACACAGAAGACAGUACUAGGAGUUGAGCAUACCGAUACUCUGAUCAGUACAAAUAACCUGGCAUUGGUCUAUAUGUACCAAUAUGAAUGGAAUAAAGCUGAGAAGCUGUUGGUGCAAGUAGUGGAGUCAAUGAAGAUAGUGCUAGGAGCCAAGCAUUCUGACACUCUGAUCAGUAUGGGAAACCUGGCAUCAGCCUAUACAAGCCAGGGCCGAUUGAAUGAAGCUGAGAAGCUGUUCGUGCAAACAUUGGAGAUACAGAAAACAGUUCGAGGAGCCGAGCACCCUGACACUCUGAUUAGUAUGGCGAAGCUGGCAUUAGUCUAUAUGAACCAGGGUCGAUACAAUGAAUCUGAGAAGCUGCUGGUGCAAGCAAUAGAGACACAGAAUACAGUAUUAGGAGGCAAGCAUCCUGUCACUUUGAUCAGCAUGGUGCAUCUAGCAUCAACCUAUAUGAGCCAGGGUCGAUGGAAUGAAUCUGAGAAGCUGCUGGUGCAAGCAAUGGAGAUACAGAAGAUAAUACUAGGAGCCGAGCAUCCUGACACUCUAUCUAGUAUGGAGAAGCUGGCAUUAACCUAUAUGAACCAGAGUCGAUGGAAUGAAUCUGAGAAGCUGCUGGUGCAAGCAAUAGAGGCACAGAAUAUAGUACUAGGAGCCGAUCAUCCUAGUAUUCUAGUUUGUAGGGGGCAUCUAGCAUCAACCUAUGCGCAUCAGGGUCAAUUGAAUGAAGCAGAGAAACUACAGGUGCAAGUAGUGGAGUCAACGAAGGCAGUGUGGGGAGAUGAGCAUCCCUCUACUUUAAGAAGCAUGGAUAUCCUUACCAAUAUUCGGAAUUCUCAGGGAAUGCCCCUUAUUGCAAAACGCUCUGACCUGCGAAACAAAUUAUCUCUCUAUAGAAAGUUUCGGCAGCAUCUUGGCAGCUAUGGUAACUAA